ACUCUUUUUUGGACCUAAUUCUCGAGGGACUUUCAUACAAUGAUCAUAAAAGUUUAAAAAUUGCAAGUAUAAUGCCAUCUUCUUAUAUUAAUAUACAAUGUCGAUGACGUCAAAAUUACAAAAAAAAGUGUUUAUAAAAUUCAAUUGUGAAGGAUUCUUAAUUAUAAUCAGAAAUUUGUCUAGCUAUAUAACUUUAUUGCCUGUAUUUUCUUUACAUAUUCCCAAGCCUAUACGUUUAAUAACUCUUGCGAUAAACAGCCUCUUGACUUUGUUCUCUAGAAACCUUUUUUUUGUCAACGAAAUUUAUCGUUGUUGCGGUUUUGGUGAUUGUUGAUAAGCAGCGGCUAUCAGCGUUCCCUGUAGAGAUUUGUUUCUUUCAAAAGUCCAUGCACAGUCAACGCUGAAUGGUGCUGGAGAGUGGAUGUGAUGUCGGAUUACACAGAGAAGUCUCCUGUCGUUCAGACAACACACGGAAAAGUUCAAGGAAUUUUGCUCAAGGGUCUGUAUGAUGAUCAGUUUUAUGCCUUCGAUGGCAUCCCUUAUGCUGAACCUCCGCUUGGAGCACUGCGCUUCAAGGAGCCGCACGAUGUGAAGCCCUGGCAUGGAAUUCGAGACUGCUCCAAGCCCCUGGACAAAUCCAUCCAAGUGAGCACCUAUACCAAGUUAGUGGAGGGUUCAGAAGACUGCUUGUACCUGAAUAUAUCCGUGAAAACUUUGAAAAGCAAUAAACCCUUGCCAUUGAUGGUCUAUAUCCAUGGUGGUGGUUUCAAAAGCGGAGAUCCCUCAAGACGAGCCUGGGGACCGGACUAUUUUAUGAGAGAAAAUGUCAUCCACAUCAGUAUCGGUCAUCGUUUGGGACCACUUGGGUUUCUUGCCUUCAAGGAUCCCUCUUUGGGUAUUCCUGGUAAUGCUGGUCUCAAGGAUAUGGUCCUUGCCCUCCGUUGGAUCAAGGCAAAUGCUGUCAACUUCAAUGGCGAUCCGGAUAACAUUACCCUCUUUGGUCACAGCUCCGGCAGCAUGACAGUUCAGCUUCUGUUGGCCAUUCCCCAGACAGAGGGACUUUUCCAUAAGGCCAUUCUCAUGGCGGGUUAUUCCAUGGAGGUGAAUCGCUUGCCUGAUGUGGAAUAUCGCCUGGCGAAGCACUUGGGCUACGAGGGCGAGAAUGUGGACAGGAAAGUCUUUGAGUUCCUCUUAAAGGAAGAUUCUAGUCGUCUUGUCUCUGCGGACUUUUUGACUGAUGCAGAGAAGGGUAAGGGACUUUCUAUGCCUUUCAGACCCAACGUGGAGAGCUACGUCACUCCUGGAGCCUUUCUACUGGCGGAACCUAUUGUCCUAAUGCGCAGUACAUGGAGCAACAGCAUUCCCCUUAUGUUGGGAGCAAACACUGAUGACGGACUGAUGUACUUAAGUGAAUUUCUAACCGAUCCCACGGUCUUGCAGCAGUUUCAGACAUAUCCGGAGCGUGUACUUCCGAGUACCCUAAUGAAUGGCACUAAUACCGCCCAACAACGGGCAAUGGGAGUGGAGCUGUGUGAAUACUUCUGCCAGGCUCAUGGGGAGGAUCUCACAUUGGGACAUUUAAGGGCACUGACGGAACUCUUCACCAUCAACACACUGCAUUCGCAGGAGCGAGUAAUCCGCUCCAGAUUGGCUUACAGCCAGGCACCAACCUAUCUAUACCGCUUCGGUUUCGAUUCGCCGGACUUUAACUUCUACCGAAUUCGUUAUUGGGGUCAUAGCAUUCGAGCUGUGACCCACGUUGAUGAGUUGGGAUAUAUCUACGUGCUCCCGGCCACCUUUAAAUUGGACAAAUCGCGACCAGAGUUUACCACCAUUUGCCGUAUGGUGGCCAUGUGGACACAAUUUGCUGCCACCUCGAAUCCUAAUGCUCCUCUAACCCAACCCUUUGUGGACUGGAAGCCUUUGACUUCAACUGGAGACCGGAUGCUGCUCGACAUUAAUGAGGAUCUUAAGUUCAUAUCGCAGCCCGAGCAGUCGAGAAUGGAAUGCCACGAUCGUCUAUACGAAGAGGCUGGGAUAAAGAUGUUUUAGUGCAUUCUGUCAUUUAGUUCUAAAGAUACUGUAUCUAGAUACUGUAUGUUAUGACUUUGAGAUUUAUUUUAGGAACGCAGAUAAACAAAACUAUAAACAUGUACCCCUUUUAAUAUAGAUAAUAUAAUAUCUAAGGCAAAGAAACCCCCUACGAAUAAACACCAAUAGUUUUAUAACUCAGAGAGGCUUAGUGAUUUCUACUAAACUGUAACAAAUUCUGCAUAAUUAUAUGUU